AAACAAACAACAUUUCUCCAUUUCUCUCAACUGCGAUUUUAAAACAAGUGUCCCGCUUAUAUUGCGUAAUCAAAAUAGAGCGUGAUACAUUUGCGCAUGCGCAUUGGUUUGUUACUUGGCUGCUGAUGUAAUUCACGAUACGAGACACCAACUCUUGGGGAGGAAAACUCGCAAAAUUUAACGGUUUUUGUCACCAGUUCACAUAAUCAACGAUGCCACGAGGAGGAAGAAGUCGUGGAAGGUCCGUUUCACCAGUUCGGUCUUCACCACCCAGAACGAUGGCCCCUGCCCCUGUUCCACAGAGAGCACCCAUGCCAUCCCAGCAGCCAGCCUCGGCCAUGGGCCAACCACGUCAGCCUGGUCUCCUGGGUCAGAUGGCAGCGACCGCUGGUGGUGUAGCCAUUGGAUCCGCAGUGGGGCAUGCUGUUGGACAUGCCAUGACUGGUGGUGGAAGUAGCCAACCAGAUGUCACCUACCAAGAACAGCCACAACAGCAACAGCAACAGAAUCCUUGCCAGUAUGAGCUACAGAGAUUCAUGCAGUGUGCCGAUACCCAGAGUGACCUCAGUUUGUGCGAUGCUUUCAACAUGGUUCUCAAAGAUUGCAAGAGAGCGAACGGUUUGGCAUAACAGCGAUUCUGAGCAUGAUUUGCCUUAUACUUUCUCAGAUGUCGGCCUCUGUCCACUGCAGCUAUUACACACAACAUCAAAUGAUAUGACGUAUUCUUUUCACUGUAUAAGUUAUUAAUGGUGGAACCAAUUGAACUCUGAAAUUUGUCUUUGUUUUAAAACUGACAAGCCAUUGGAAGUAAAGUUUGUAAGUUUUACCAAAGGAAUGUUAUCAGUAAUUAUUAGAUGCUCAUAUUGUUAGAAUUAUGAACAUAAAAAUGUAACCAUGAAUUCAGUUAUCCUGUGUUCUGCUUUUACUACCUCUAGCUGCUUGCAUUCACACUAAUUAAGAAAUAAAAGUUACGUCCACCCCAACAGCAUGCCAUUUUGAAUAAGCAGUCAGAGAAAAUUGAAAUCAGCAUGACACUGAAAUGCCAUCAAAAUCAAGUGAAAAUGGGGAAGUAAUAACGUGUUAAAGUUUUAUCUUAUGUCACACAAUAGUUAUGUGCAGUGCACUAGUGACUAUUGAUAGGAGCAAAGAUGAUGCACACUCUCUAUAUUUGUGUUUUCUUCAAUGAAACUAAAAAAUAAAAUAAAAAUUGUGAAUUGAGAAUUCAUUGAAACGUAAGUUGAGCAAGACGUAGGCAGCGGUGGCAAAGUCAAUGGUGAAAAUCUUAAUCAAGGUUGACAUUUUGAAGUGUCAUAACUCUGAAAGUAUUUGAAAGCAUGCGGAUCUAUUUUAUGAAACUUACACUAAUGAAUAAUCAAAUAUCACUGAUUAUCUUGGAAAAGUAUCAUGUCACAUGAUAAAGGUCAAAUGUAAUUUAUGCAAAAAAAAAAACUUUGACUAUGUUGUGAUAUCAAUAUCAAAAUCUUAACCAACCUUGGGCCCGUUGCAUGAAACUUUUUACCUGAGAAAUCUCUGGUAAACACUGAAAACUAAGGUUAGUCUGAUUUUUGCCAUUGACUUUAACCCUCAAUCUCCCGGGGUAUUUUGAUUCUUGUCAAUCCCGGGGGGGGGGGGCCAUUAUGGCCCCCCCUUAAGAUCUCGGCCGCCGAUUGCGCGAGCGACGCAAACAUUUGCACACUGGUAGUGUGCGAUGUAAUCUACAAGGCUGUAUGGUAAAAUUUUCCAAAAUAAUGAUAUUUUAUUUUAUAUGAAUUAAUUAUGCUAAUUUAUGCAUAAAUCAUACUUUUUGCUAUAAUUCACUAAAUAAAGCUCCUAGAAUGCUAAUUUUUGGUAAAAAAAUUCUUUGUAGCAAUCUUAACAAUCGCAAUUAAAAAAACUUCGGUUCGGAAAUAAAUUUCUUAUGUAUUUUAUUGUUUUACGAAUUUCUUAUGUAUUUCUUUGUUUUUUUACUUUUUGUUUUUUAUUGUUUUUUCAAUGGAAAUCAUUCCAGACUUAGUUCUGACCAUAAACAAGGCAAAAUUAAUUCAGUUUAAUCAGUAAAAGUAGAAAUAAUGAUACAUUUAUGAAUUUUGGCUAAAUACACAAUUUGCAUUGGAUUUGUACAUGAAAUCACGUUUAUGAGCAAUUUUGGGUCUGACAUGCACUUACAUAAUGUUGCGUAAUGUCGCAACCGUGUACCCGGGCGUCACAAAUUUGGUCUCGAAAUUUGCGCGAGACUUGAAAGUAAAAAGUCAGCGAGCGGCGAGGUCAACAAAAUUUGCGCAGCAGAUAUAUCGCGAAAAUUGUCAAGGGGGGGGCCAUUAUGGCCCCCCCCCCCCCCGGGAGAAUUAGGGUUAACACAGGGUAAAAACAACCAGAGUUUUCUCAGGUAAAAGGUUUUAUGCAACGGGCCCCUGAUGAAUUUGGAUUUUCAAGACGAUAUUGAAAGUAUAAAGUCCUUAUCGCAUAAAACUUACAUAUCAAAUUGGUAAAUGAAAUUCCAGGUCACUAGGUGAAGGUCAUUUGAGGUCAAUGAACUUAGUAUGUGAUUAUCAAAUUUAUGUUUUUUGUAAAAAAAAUUAUUCAUCUUAGUUGUUUUCAAAGUCGGCGCUGCUGCUAUAUUGCGUCAGGUAAUGCAGGCGAAACUGUCGGAUGCGUUCCACUUGUUUACAUUACAUUAUUACAAAAGGGUGAAAACAAUUUGUAUUUCAAAACAUUAAAACGAAAAGAAAUAGUGAAAGUGUGACAUCCUUGACAUCCCCGUCUGCAUUUAACUGUUGUGUGACAUUAAGCAAAACUCCAACAUUAUUCUCAUAAUUUCCCUCUUUUACGUCCAAUUUUCGAUGAACUUUCUUGUUUUGGGUUUGAUUUGUAUGCUUUUUAUUCAAAUCACGUUUUUGAGUCGAACAUAAUGCAUAAAUGUGAAAAUUUGAAUCUGUAGAAUCCAAAGUUUGCCCGAUUGGGAUGUUGCAACUUGCCAUUUAAAAUCUCACACUAUCAUUAUUUCAUGUUUUUAGGUUUAGGGGAAUCAUUUAUGAGUAAAUGUAUUAUCUUGCUGCAGGUAUUCCUCAAUGAUACAAUAUAUCUUUACCUAAGAAAUAUACAUGAAAUGAUUUAAUGAGCUUGAUUCUUUUCAAAUGGUGAUAAACAAUCAUUUAUAAAGAACACUCGUCUUCUAUGUGUAAUAGAAUAAUAUUUAUAUGCAACAGCACUGAUAACGUGCUAUGGGAAUGGUCUGAAGUUGCAUGUACCGUUGCAGUUUUGUGAGCUGAAUAUGACGAUUUGUUAUUGGAUUGUUGCAGCAAUAUUAUGUGUGUUAAUUUGAUUUUUAUCCUGCGUAUGUGACAUUUCAAACCUGAAAAUGUAUCAAAGUAUUUUAUUAUUGUACAUUGAUGAAAAAGAAAAUGUGGAAGUAAAAUAUA